AGAAGGCGGCGACUGUCACGGUUGCCUGCUCUAACCAGCUCCCGGUAGCCCGGCACCGAAGGAAGGGGUCGUGCAGCUGCACUGAUCGAUCCCGCCCAGCCAUGGACCGGAAGGUGGCCCGAGAAUUCCGGCAUAAGGUAGAUUUUCUAAUUGAAAAUGAUGCAGAGAAGGACUAUCUCUAUGAUGUGCUGCGGAUGUACCACCAGACCAUGGACGUCACUGUGCUUGUUGGAGACCUGAAGCUGGUCAUCAAUGAGCCCAACCGCCUGCCACUGUUUGAUGCCAUCCGGCCACUGAUCCCAUUGAAGCAUCAGGUGGAAUAUGAUCAGCUGACCCCUCGGCGCUCCAGGAAGCUGAAGGAGGUGCGUCUGGACCGGCUGCACCCCGAAGGCCUUGGCCUCAGCGUGCGUGGGGGCCUCGAAUUUGGCUGUGGGCUUUUCAUCUCUCAUCUCAUCAAAGGAGGUCAGGCAGAUAGCGUUGGUCUCCAGGUGGGGGAUGAGAUUGUCCGGAUCAAUGGAUAUUCCAUCUCCUCCUGCACCCACGAGGAGGUCAUCAAUCUGAUAAGAACCAAGAAGACUGUGUCCAUCAAAGUGAGACACAUUGGCCUGAUCCCUGUGAAGAGCUCUCCUGAGGAGCCCCUCAAAUGGCAGUAUGUGGAUCAGUUUGUGUCAGAAUCUGGGGGCAGUCGAGGCAGCCUGGGUUCUCCUGGGACACGGGCACACAAGGAGAAAAAAGUCUUCAUCAGCCUGGUGGGCUCACGGGGCCUUGGUUGCAGCAUUUCCAGUGGCCCAAUCCAGAAACCAGGCAUCUUCAUCAGCCAUGUGAAGCCUGGCUCCCUGUCUGCAGAGGUGGGAUUGGAGACAGGAGACCAGAUCGUUGAAGUCAAUGGCAUCGACUUCUCUAACCUGGACCACAAGGAGGCUGUGAACGUGCUGAAGAGUAGCCGCAGCCUGACCAUCUCCAUUGUAGCUGGAGCUGGCCGGGAGCUGUUCAUGACUGACCGCGAGCGGCUGGCAGAGGCACGGCAGCGCGAGCUGCAGCGGCAGGAGCUCCUGAUGCAGAAGCGGCUGGCCAUGGAGUCCAACAAAAUCCUCCAGGAGCAGCAGGAGAUGGAGCGCCAGAGGAGAAAGGAAAUUGCCCAGAAGGCAGCAGAGGAAAAUGAGAGAUACCGGAAGGAGAUGGAACAGAUCGUGGAAGAGGAAGAGAAGUUUAAGAAGCAAUGGGAAGAAGAUUGGGGCUCUAAGGAACAGCUCCUCUUGCCCAAAACCAUCACUGCUGAGGUGCACCCAGUACCCCUUCGCAAGCCAAAGUCUUUUGGGUGGUUUUACCGGUACGAUGGCAAAUUCCCAACUAUCCGGAAGAAAGGAAAAGAUAAGAAGAAAGCCAAGUAUGACAGCCUGCAGGAGUUGAGAAAGAAUAAGAAGGAAUUGGAAUUUGAACAAAAGCUUUACAAAGAGAAAGAGGAGAUGCUGGAGAAGGAAAAGCAACUAAAGAUCAACCGGCUGGCCCAGGAGGUGUCUGAGACAGAGCGGGAAGACCUUGAGGAAUCAGAAAAGAUUCAGUAUUGGGUGGAAAGGCUGUGUCAGACACGCCUUGAGCAGAUUUCCUCUGCUGAUAAUGAGAUUUCAGAGAUGACCACAGGGCCCCCGCCUCCCCCGCCUUCUGUGUCUCCCCUGGCCCCACCUCUGAGACGCUUCGCAGGUGGACUGCACCUCCACACCACUGACCUGGAUGACAUCCCCUUGGACAUGUUCUACUAUCCCCUCAAGACCUCCUCUGCCUUGCCUGUGAUGCCCCACCCUCCACCCUCUAACCCACCUUCAAAGGUCCCUGCACCCCCUGUGCUUCCCUCAUCGGGCCAUGUGAGUGCCUCAUCCUCACCCUGGGCACAGUGCACUCCACCUGCCAUUCCCAUCCCUCCCCCUCCAUCCAUUCCCACCCAAGACCUCACUCCUACCCGCCCACUGCCCUCGGCCCUGGAAGAGGCACUGGGCAACCAUCCCUUCCGCAUUGGGGACGCCAGCACUCCAGUGGAGGACUGGGAGGCAAAGAAUCACAGUGGAAAACCUGCCAACUCCCCUGCCCUUGAACGGGGCUUCCCACCCACCCCGAAGACAUUUUGCCCAAGCCCACAGCCUCCACGAGGCCCUGGCGUAUCCACCAUCUCCAAACCUGUCAUGGUCCACCAGGAGAACAACUUUAUCUACAGGCCAGCUGUGAAAUCCGAGGUCCUGCCACAGGAGAUGUUGAAGAGGAUGGUGGUUUAUCAGACAACAUUCAGACAAGAUUUCCGGAAAUAUGAGGAAGGUUUUGACCCCUACUCUAUGUUCACCCCAGAGCAGAUCCUAGGGAAGGACGUCCGGCUCCUGCGCAUCAAGAAGGAGGGAUCCUUAGACCUGGCCCUGGAAGGUGGCGUGGAUUCCCCAGUUGGGAAGGUGGUUGUCUCAGCUGUGUAUGAGGGGGGAGCUGCUGAGCGACAUGGUGGCAUUGUGAAAGGAGAUGAGAUCAUGGCGAUCAAUGGCAAGAUCGUGACAGACUACACCCUGGCUGAGGCAGAGGCCACCCUGCAGAAGGCCUGGAAUCAGGGCGGGGACUGGAUUGACCUUGUUGUUGCCGUCUGUCCCCCCAAGGAAUACGACGAUGAGCUCUCUUCUCUUCCCUCCUCUGCAGCAGAAAGCCCCCAGCCAGUCCGAAAGCUCCUUGAAGACCAUACUCCCGUGUACAGACACGGGUUCCUCCUGCAGCUGGAGCCCACGGUGAAUAGGUGGCCUCAGGGCCCCAUCUGUCCAUGCUGCGUGCAGUGGCCAUGUGCUGCCCACGCUGCUGGCAGGUUCUUUGGACUGGCAUCUGGAGGGGACAUGAAGCACACUGCCCCUGAAGUGCCUCCGGGGUCUGCUGUCGGUCACUCUGAAACUCUGUGGGACUCAAGGGAGUGUGCAGAACCUAGUCUGGAGCACUGGGUGGGAUCUGGGUGUUCUGAUGCACACAGUCCUUGGGACCUGACCCAUGCAGCACCCAAAUGAACAGGGUGGAACAUUGAGCAUGGCUCCCUGCUGGCACAGAUGGCGCCUGGAGCCAGGUGUGCUGUGCUGGGAGAGACCCCACGAAGUCCAGUCUGAAUUUCCUCCCAGAGGUGUCCUCACCAAACGUUUCUCCUUUCCUGGGAAUGCAGCCCUGUUGGGACCCCUGCUUCACCCUUGGAGGGAGUGGAUUCCCUGCUCGGGCAGAGCCAGGGCUGUUGAGAGGUCUUUAAGGCUCGUCCAAAGAACCAGGGUUGGUGGAUUAGAGUUGCUCGUGUCCUGUUGUGCCCUACAAAGGCCUGAGUCCUGCUCAGACCAACUGUCCUUUGCUAUCUCCCUCCCUUGAUCCAGGCUCUAACUGUGGAACACAAGGUAGAUCUCAGCCUUGGAAUGUGUUUCCCACCCUGGGCCAGGUGGCUGUGAAGCUGGUGUUGGAGGUGACCCGAACCCAUAGCUAGCAGCGUCUGGGGCCAAGCCAAGCCUGACUUGUUGAUUUUUCUGUUAUAAAUUUCCAAAAACAUUAGGGCCUCCUGUUCCCAAGACAGCUGGCCUGCUGUACAGUGACAUCUGGGGGGACCUAAGUGAUCUGUAUUUUCUGUCACUUACUCUUAGCAAGAGACCCUCCCCUCUUCCUCUUGGUCCUUCCCCCACCCCUGUCCCUGGUGUCUCUGCUACUUUAUUCCUGGCCUCCUGUGUGCUGUGACUUUGGCUGGUGUGUAGCUGCCUGGAGUUGCACCAAGAGGGGCAUCCAGGGAUUGGCAAGGCCUCGUGCUACCAGGGUGGGGCUUUGCCCUUGGCAGAGUGCCACUCACAAGACCUGCACCUUCCUGGUUUGUUUC